UACCAGACUAGACCAUCGUUCUAUUCAUUUCAGCCCGAUACUUUCUCCGAAUAGAUCCCUUCCUCUUUUUUACUAUACUAUUAAAUCGUUGCGUUUGUCGGACACAGACUAGAUUUGAUUUGAGAGAACUUGGACGCAGAGAAUGGAGGAGCAACAGCAACAUGCAGAUGCGCUCCUUGAGCGCUCGGGGAGCCAGGAUGUGAUCCUCCCAAUGACAGCCACAAGAGGGGCUUCUAACAGCCGUGCCUUUAAGAUCGCAGGGUUCACGGUGUUGGCCUGUCUUCUCCUGGCUGGCCAGGCCCUCACUGCCUACAUGGUCUUCAACCAGAGGGGCCAGAUCCACGACAUGGAGAAGACCAAUGACAACAUGCGCAAGCAGCUGAGAAACAGACCUCCAGCUGUAGCCCCUGUCCAGAUGCACAUGCCCUUGUUCAACAUGCCCCGGCUGAUAGACUUCACUGAGGAGGACGCCAAGACAGAAAAGACUCCCAUGACGAAACUGGAGGCCACUGCCAUUGUGAGCCUGGAGAAGCAGGUGAAGGAUCUGCUGCAGAACCCCCAGCUGCCCCAGUUCAACGAGACGUUCCUGGCCAACCUGCAGAGCCUGAAGAGACAGAUGGAGGAGGCAGAGUGGAAGGGUUUUGAGACUUGGGCACGUUAUUGGCUGCUCUUCCAGAUGGCCCAGGAGAAGCCCCCUGCACCCCCCACACCUCAGCCAGCUGCCGGCCUGCAGACCAAGUGUAACCUGGACAAGUCGUCCCACAGCCGUAAGCUUGGUGCCUACCUCCCUCAGUGUGACCAGCAGGGCAACUACCUGCCCAUGCAGUGCUGGCACGCCACCGGCUUCUGCUGGUGUGUGGACAAGAACGGCACACCCAUCGAGGGCACCAGCAUGCGCGGCAGAGUCUCCUGUGACGGAGUCCCCAGACAGAUGUUAGCUUUACCCAGGAUGAUGCAGCUGAAGAAGAACACGGAUGAGUAAAACCACAGCUCCACCAGAGCACCAGAUGGCCUGCUCUCUCCUCAUCUCACUGUCAGAUCCCCCCCCUCCCCUGUUUCCUACUAAUGGCUAUUUCACUCUUCCUCUAUCAUGAUGAAGGUCAAUUACCUGGAAUACAAAACAAUGAAAUACUCUCUUUUGAUUUAUGGAUAAUUAUAUUUUUCUUUGGACAGUAUAAAUGCUAUUAACAUUAUUAACAGCUUUUUUGGCUUAUUAACUCAACACAGCUAUGUAAAGUAUUAACACACAUAUAUAUAUAUAUAUAUAAGAUGUGUGUUACAUUUUAAAACAUGCACAACACCCAGACUUUUCCAUCCCCUGACCCCCUGACCCCACUCCUGUCAACUUUGACCCCUAGUGCCUUACUCUGGCCCUCAAAUCAUAUCCCUCUGAUGGGGGCUAGCCCCACCCUGUUUCCCUGGUCUGUCUCUCCCCAUAGACUGCCAUAGGGCUUCGUUGAUAAGCUUCUGUCUAGAGUUUCUAACAUAGAUGUAACGUUUUACACCUGUAUAACCAUGGAUAAGCAUACUUGGACUUUAAUGAAUGUAGGGAGAAGUGAACCAGAAAAAAAUUAAUAAAGUGUGCCGUUUCCUACUAAAAUGUG